GCUGCGACCCACACUCCAAGUGGUGGUCUUCUGUUGCUGUGGUUAUCAUCAACUGGCUCCAAGGAGAUGAUGCUGCGGCAGAGAGACUGUAUCCCACUGUUGAGCACCUGCCGCGCAGUUUGCAAAAUGCAGAGAGUCUUCUGCCCAAAGCGUGUCUGAACACAUUCAGGGCAGUGCGAGCUCUGCUGUCCAAGCCAGAAAACUGCCAAAUGAGUCUGAGCUACAGCGACAAGGCCAGCGCCCUGCUCCGAGACAGCCUGAACCUAGGACCACACUGCCACAGCUCCAGUUUAGACAAGGUCAUCCAGCUGCUUUUGUGUGAUCUGCUGUUGGUGAUGAGGACCAACGUAUGGCGUCUGCAGCAACAAGGAGCCAGUCCCACGGGGUCAGGGUCGGUGGGCGCCAGUGGCCCAGCGGGGCUCCACCAGGCCUCUCCACCAGAGCUCCAGGGCUUUCAGCAAGAUCUCAGUUCCCUACGCAAGCUGGCACACACCUUCAGACCUGCAAUGCGACGAUUGUUUCUCCAUGAAGCUACAGCCAGGCUGAUGGCGGGGGCCAGUCCCACCCGCACACAUCAGCUCCUGGAUCGCUCGCUGCGACGCAGAGCAACCCCUGGAGCCAAGACAGAGGAGUGCGAGACGCGACCUGGCCAGCGGGAACAGGCGGAGGCCGUGAUGCUGGCGUGCCGCUACCUCCCUCCCUCCUUUCUGUCGGCUCCAGGCCAAAGGGUAGGCAUGCUGGCAGACGCAGCCCGCACCCUGGAGAAGCUGGGAGACAAGAGGACCCUGCACGACUGCCAGCAAAUGAUCAUCAAGCUGGGUAGUGGCACCACGGUCACCAACAGCUAGAGAGAAGGGAGAGGGGAGGGGCAUGAGAGACAUGCAUGGACACUGUAUAUAGAAACAAACAUGCUCCCACAGACACACAACCACACAGUCCCCUGCAUCUUUGGCGUGCAGCCACUGAACAGAUUUAUUAAACUAUACCGAUCCAUAUCAACCUAACAGGAUAUUCUUCAUGGACUGCCUCUCCCACCCCCCAACCCCACAUCAGAAGGCACUUACAGUGUUCACACUCUUGUUGCUACAGAGUAUUAUCAAAAUAUAAGAAGCAUUGUCCUCUCUUACUUAGCUGAACCCCCCCCCACCAGAAAUUGAAUUGCAGUGCCACUGUUUUCCACAGAGAGGAGCUGUCACGUCCUCCUGGUUGAUGGUGUGUCAGUGGUCUCUGUUUGUGUCUGUGUGAGUGAGUGAGUGAGUGAGUGAGUGAGUGAGUGACUGAGUAGCAUGAAAGAGAUAUUUUGGUCUGCAUUUGCUCGGUAUAGUCCCACCCCCAGUAUUUUCGACACAGAUGCACCCUCUACAGGCAGGAGUGCUCAGUGGGUUGGAGUGGCGGGCUGCUCUGAUUGGCUGCAGAGUGAGGUGUCUCUUGUGCGUAGGAGGAAAGGGACCAAACUCGGAUUGGUCCAGCUGUGGGCUUGUACAGUGGGAAGCCGCUCGGCAGGUCGUCCAAAUAGUACUGACGUUGAUCAUGUUUCACUGGGGCUGAGCUGAGGGGUCCCACUGUACAAGCUCUGUCUGUAUCUGCACUAGCCCCGAGAGGCUGAUUUCAUUAAGUAAUAAUAUGGCUUUAUGAGGUUAUUUUCAUAGAGGUCCAUUUUUUUGUUUUGCUGUGUACAUAUUUUAAAAUGUAUUUAUAAUCUGUGAGUACUCUAAUUAAGCAGUAUUUUUGAAGAAGAUGAGUGAAAAAUGCUUAUAAUCUUCCCUCAAUUCUGUUAAACCGGGAAGCUUUUGAUUAGAUCCAAAUAAUGCAGUUACUGUGCUGUGUUGCCACGGGGACGAGUGUCAAAAUUUAGACAAUAUCAAGGUGAUAUUUGCGUCACGUCGUCUGACUCAGUUGACCUUUUUGCACUGUUGCCCACGAAGGCAACCAUGUUAUCAAAAGACAUUUGGCAGAAUCAAAUUCUGACAUUGUCGAGCGACAACUCAAACUAUAACAAGAACCUUUCGCAGCAAAUUACAUGUCAUGCAGACAAUUUCAAAAUAAGAGACUGUUCUUUUCCAAAGAGGACCUGCAGUGCAUCUUUUCCUGUGUUUUUUCUGUUUCAUUUGUAGCUCCAUCAUAAAGAGCAACACUUGUUCUUCAUUUAUUAUAAUUCAUGCUCCUAGAGAAACACUGUUUAUUACUUUUUAGAGAACUGUAAAAAGUAAAAAAGAAAAACUUUGGCAUGUGUUGUUUUAUUUUGUCUGUGGACCAGUUUGUUUUUAUAGUGUGUCACUAAUGUGAAAGACUGGCAGACUUUGGUUUGAAUGAAAUGAAAUGCAACCACGUCUUAAGGUUUUGUUCACUGACAUCUUAUCAUCUCUCCCUUUGUCUUUGGGUUCAACCUUUUUUCUGAUGUAAAUAUUAAAA